CAGUAUGCUACAAAUAAGAUGAGACUAAUAUAUGUAAAUUGACAUAUUAUACGUCAGGGUAUGAAUUAUAAAAUACGAAUGGUGUGUACGGAGAGCAAAUAGAAUAAAAAAAAUGGCUUCAGCAACCGAGGAUGAACCAGAACCCAUCAAAAAAAUUAGGAAAACCCUUAGUGAAAUCAAAGAAGAUAUUUUAACAAAAUUUGAUGAAAUAAUGACGCAAACAAGAAUCCAAAUGGAAAAUAUCAAUGAAGAAAUGAGAGUUACUAUUGAGGAUUCGAAAAAGAAAUUGGAUGCCGACUUUAUAGUAAAAGCGGAUAAAAUAUAUAGAGAAGCUCACAAUAAGGUAAAAGAAAUCGAAGCUGAAACUGAAAGCCAACUUCAGGAUCUUUGGAAAUCUGCUUCAAGAAUUAUUAUGAAUACUGGUGCAUCUCUCAAUACAAUGUUGAGAAUUGAAAAUAUUGAAGCGUUCAUAAAGGACCUAAUCAAUAAUAUGGAAAAAAUGUUAUCUGAAUUAUUAGAACAUCUAAAUAUUCUCACCACUUAUAUCAUCCAAGAACAGCAAAUUUUCAUCGAGAAAUUGAAAAUUAAAAUGGAGCCUAGUAAUUACAUUGUAGUUUUCUUUUUAAAAGUAAACUAUUCUCAUGUUGGAGCCCCCAAACUUGAACGACGGGGCUUAGCUUGGGCUAAGGCUGGGAAACCUGCCCUUGUCAAACCAAUAAUGGCCCAAGCCUGGUUUAAGUUUGGUUUUGCUGCAAAGGCUUAUCAAACAUCAUUUUUAACUUUAUCUUCUAACAUAUUAGCUGUAAUAGUAGCAUUUAAUGACCUGCCUAACGAAAGAGAGGUACAGCUGCUCUGGAUUCCUGGACAUAUGGUAUUGAGGGGCACUGAAAUUGCCAACGAAUUGACCAGGCUUAUAGCCACUCAGCCUACAGUGAGAAUUUCUCACUCGUGGAUUCAAGAACACCUUAAGCUGUGGGAGAGGGAAGAAGCCAUAUUGCAGAUAAGUAGAUGA